GAACGUCGCAGCAUAUCGCUGCCACGUCAUCCACCGCCUCGUCACUGCAUAAACAGUAAAGAUGGCUGCCUCCGUACGGGAGAAACAGACAGUUGCCCUGAAGCGUAUGUUAAAUCUCAAUGCUCCUAUUCUGAAGAACACCACAGCCGAACCAGUAUGGAAGGUUUUAAUCUACGACCGCUUUGGGCAAGACAUCAUCUCUCCACUGUUGUCUGUGAAAGAACUGCGAGACAUGGGAAUCACUUUACAUCUGCUGCUACAUAAAGAUCGUGACCCAAUCCCAGAUGUGCCUGCCAUCUACUUUGUCAUGCCCACAGAAGAGAAUAUUGACAGGAUAUGCCAGGACUUGCGGAAUCAGCUGUACGAGUCGUACUACAUGAACUUCAUCUCGGCCAUCUCUAGGAGUAAGCUGGAGGACAUCGCCAGCGCCGCCCUGUCUGCCAACGCUGUCACUCAGAUAACCAAGGUAUUCGAUCAGUAUUUGAACUUCAUCACCCUGGAGGAUGACAUGUUUAUCCUGGCCAAUCAGAACAAGGAGAUGAUCUCCUACCACGCUAUUAACAAGCCGGACAUCAUGGACACAGACAUGGAGAUUAUCAUGGACACGAUAGUGGACAGCCUCUUCUGUUUCUUUGUGACACUAGGUGCGGUGCCGAUCAUUCGAUGCCCACGAGGAAAUGCCGCAGAAAUGGUAGCCGUGAAACUAGAUAAGAAGCUGAGGGAGAAUCUGCGAGAUGCAAGAAACAGCCUUUUCACCGGAGACAAUAUGGGCUCCGGCCAGUUCAGUUUCCAGAGGCCCUUGUUUGUGCUGGUAGAUCGUAACCUGGACUUGGCCACGCCGCUUCAUCACACGUGGACGUACCAGGCCCUCAUCCACGACGUGCUGGAUUUCCACCUGAACAGAGUGAACAUCGAGGAGGCAUCGGGGCCUGAGGCGUCCCCCGCAGGUGCCCGACCAAAAAAGAAGAACAAGAACAGCUACGACCUCACUGCAGCCGACAAGUUCUGGCAGAAACACAAGGGCAGUCCUUUCCCGGAGGUGGCAGAAUCGGUGCAGGAGGAGAUCGGGACAUACAAGGCACAGGAGGACGAGGUCCAUCGCCUGAAAAGCAUCAUGGGUCUGGAGGGAGAGGAUGAGGGAGCCAUCAGCAUGCUGUCUGAUAACACGGCCAAGCUCACCUCCGCCAUGAGUUCCCUCCCCGAGCUCCUGGAGAAGAAGAGAUUAAUUGAUCUUCACACCAACGUUGCCACAGCAGUGCUUGACCACAUCAAGACGCGCAAGCUGGACGUCUACUUUGAGUACGAAGAGAAGCUGAUGAGCAAGCAAACACUGGACAAGUCCCUACUGGACAUCAUCAGCGACCCUGACGCGGGGACGCCGGAGGACAAGAUGAGGCUCUUCCUGAUCUUCUACAUCACCGCACCAGUACCACCCUCAGAGGCGGACGUGGAGCAGUACAAGAAGGCCCUGCUGGAUGCCGGCUGUGACCUCUCACCCCUCAACUACAUCAAACAGUGGAAGGCUUUCACCAAGAUUGCAGCCACACCAGCUAACUAUGGCAACAGUGGAGUGAACAGUCUUUUCUCUCGUGUGAUGAACACAGGCUCCCAGUUUGUGAUGGAAGGAGUGAAGAACCUGGUGCUGAAACAGCAUAAUCUUCCGGUCACUCGAAUCCUGGACAACCUCAUGGAGAUGAAGUCAAACCCAGACACGGAUGACUACCGAUACUUUGACCCCAAGAUGCUGAGAGGCAGCGAAAGUUCCAUUCCAAGAAACAAGAACCCAUUUCAGGAGGCCAUUGUCUUUGUGGUGGGCGGCGGUAACUACAUUGAGUAUCAAAACCUCGUGGACUACACAAAGGCCAAACAAGGCAAGCGGGUCUUCUAUGGCUGCAGUGAGCUCUUCAAUGCUCCUCAAUUCCUCAAGCAGCUGUCUCAGCUUGGACAGAAAUGAUAACCGACUGUGAUUGGAAGAUCCCCACUCUCCUCUUCAACUCCUCCUCUUCCUCCUGCUCUUUUCUUUCUACUUACAGCAACCCAAUCAGUAUCUUGCAGGGCUGGCCUGGGGGAGAAAUAUGACCCGGGCACUUCUGGCUUAAAGAGGGCCCCUCAUAAUUAGCAGCGUGGAACUUACUCACUGGUGGGCCCUGUACCCUCGUGGGCCCCUAUUUUCAGAAAUGUAAAAAAAAAAUAAUUAGAAUAAUAAUUUCUGAAAAUAGGGGCCCACGAGGGUGCAGGGCCCACCAGUGAGUAAGUUCCACGCUGCUCGUGGGCCCCUAUUUUCAGAAAUGUGGAAAAAAAAUAAUAAUUAGAAUAAUAAUUUCUGAAAAUAGGGGCCCACGAAGGUGCAGGGGCCACCAGGAAAUGCCCGCUAUGUCAGAUGGGCAGCCCAGCCCUGGGAUCUUGGUGAUCUGACCCAGCCCAGCAGCUCCUCACAUGUAUCUCUCAACUCUCAUAUUCCAUGUAUUUUAUAAUGUUUACGAUACUGUAAUGUUUUUUUGUCUUACUCAGAUGCUACACUCUAACAAUAAAUAAAUAAAGAUUAACAACUAAAAGUGA